AUGAAAGCAAAUCACAUUCUUGCUGCCAUUAGCUUGGCCAGCAUGGUUAAUGCCCAUGGAUACCUCACCGUCCCCAAGAGUCGUACUCGACUGGGCACCGAGGUCGGCAUAGACACUUGCCCCGAGUGCACCAUCCGCGAACCCGUAAACGCAUGGCCAGACGUCGAAGAAGCAACCGUCGGCAGAAGCGGGCCAUGCGGCUUCAACGCCCGCGUCGGCGUCGACUACAACGUCCCAUCAACCCACUGGGGCAACGAACCGGUAGCCACCUACAAGCCAGGCGACGUCGUCGACGUGCAAUGGUGCGUCGACCACAACGGCGACCACGGCGGCAUGUUCAGCUACCGCAUCUGCCAGGACCAGGACCUGGUCAACAAGCUCCUGACCCCCGGGUACACCCCCACCGAGGCCGAGAAGCAAGCCGCUGAAGACUGCUUCCAGGACGGCAUCCUCCCCUGCAGCGACGUCCCCGGCCAGACCUGCGAGUUCAGCCCCGACUGCUCCCCCGGGCAGCCGUGCUGGCGGAACGACUGGUUCACCUGCAACGCUUUCGGCGCGGACCACCGUCGCGCGUGCCAGGGGGUCGACAACGCGCCUGUCGGGUCGUGUUAUACGUCCAUCGCGGGGGGGUUCCCCGUCACCACGAGGGUCCGGAUUCCCGAUUACGUCUCGAAUCACACCCUGCUCUCGUUCCGGUGGAACUCGUGGCAGACCGCCCAGGUCUACCUCACUUGUGCGGAUAUUGCCAUCCUCCCCGACGGCGGAUCAGCCGCACCGCCCCCGGACCCUGGCGCUCCUUGCACUUCUAUGCCGGUCACUUUUGACCAAGUGGUGACGACUGCUCCGGGCCAGACGGUCAAGAUUGUCGGAUCGAUCCCUCGCUUGGGUAGCUGGAAUCCGGCGUCGGCCCCGUCUCUCUCGGCGGCCAGAUAUACUUCGACGGACCAUCUGUGGACUACCACGCUCGAACUGCCGGCUGGUCAAGCUUUCCAGUACAAGUUUGUGAUUGUGGGGUCUGACGGAGCCGUCCGGUGGGAGAGUGAUCCCAACCGGUCUUAUACGGUGCCUACCACGUGCCAGAGCGGUGGCGUUACCGUUGGCGGUACUUGGCGCCGUUAG